AUGGAUGUGUACAUUGAUGACAUGCUCGUGAAAUCCCUCGAAGAGCAGGAUCAUAUCACUCACCUCCAAGAGUGCGUUGAAAGACUAAACAUGCACAAUAAGAAACUUAACCCCGCAAAGUGUCGGUUCGCAGUAGCAUCGGGAGAAUUCCUGGGGUACCUCGUCAACUUCCGCGCAAUCGAGGCCAGCCCUAAACAGAUCACCGCUAAUGGAAUCCCCGAGAACGAAGCGAGAGGGUACACGACUAACCAAGAACCCGAUUCGACCUGGACCCUCCACGUCGACGGAUCCUCGUCCAAACAGGGCUCCGGGAUCGGGAUCGGGAUCAGACUCACGUCACCAACUGGGAAAGUACUGGAACAGUCAUUCCGACUAGUAUUCCACGCCUCAAACAAUGAAGCCGAGUAUGAAGCCCUAACCGCAAGCUUACGGUUGGCUCACGGCCUAAAGAUAGGCAGAAUUCACGCCUAUUGCGAUUCCCAACUUGUGGCAAGCCAAUACAGCGGGGAAUACGAAGCAAGGGACGAGAGAAUGGACGGUUACUUGAAACUUGUUCAAAACUUGGCUCAAAGUUUUGACCAAUUCGCUCUCACCCGGAUUCCUCGGGCCGGAAACGCAGAGGCCGACGCCCUAGCCGGCUCGGCAUCUAGUUCAGAUCGAGGUCUGAGCAGGGUAAUUCCCAUAGAGUUCAUAGAGCAUCCUAGCAUUGGGCCGCCUGUCAUUAUAAACUUAAUCGAUUCACCCGACGGCGAUCCCGACGAAGUCGAUGUCCAGGCAACGCAGGAUCCAAAGCAGUCCGAGUAUCGAUUCAACAAACCUUGGACAGAAACGAUCCUCGCAUACAUCGCCGAUGGGAAACUCCCAGCAGAAAAAUGGGCAGCCCGAAAGAUUAAGACCCAAUCUGCGCGAUACGUCUUGGUCGCCGGAGAACUCUACAAGUGGAGAUUUUCCGGGUCACUCAUGACAUGUGUAGAAGGAGAGAAAGCACGAAGGAUAAUGGAAGAAGUCCACUUUGGAUCACGCGGAAACCAUUCUGGCGGAAGAUCCCUCGCAGUCAAAAUCAAACGCCGCAGACAUUAUUGGCCAAUGAUGAUCAAAGAUUACGAGAACUUUGCGCGAAAAUGCGAAAAAUGCCAGAGGCAUGCUCCUACUAUCCAUCAGCCGACAGAGGUUCUCUCUUCGAUAUUGGCAUUAUAUUCGUUCAUGCGAUGGUCGAUGGACAUAGUCGGACCCAUGCACAGGUCAAAGCAAAAACGAUUCUUGUUAGUUUUGACAGAUUUCUUCUCAAAAUGGGUCGAAGCUGACUCCUAUGCAAGCAUCGAAGACGCCCAAGUCGAAAGCUUCGUGUGGAGAAAUAUCGUCUGCAGACAUGGUGUCCCAUACGAAAUCGUAACGGACAACGGGUCCCAAUUUAUUUUAACCAAAUUCGAGUCUUUUUGCGAAAAGUGGAAGAUACGACUGACCAAAUCGACUCCUAGGUACCCACAAUGCAUCGGUCAAGCCGAAACAAUUAACAAGAUCAUCCUCUAUGGGCUUAAGAAACGAUUAGACGCCAAAAAGGGCAAAUGGGACGAAGAUCUCGAAGGAGUCUUAUGCUCACAUCGCACAACUCCGAGACGCGCAACGGGAGAAACUCUGUUCGCUCUCGUUUCCGGAAGCGAAUGUAUAAUCCCAGCGGAAGUCAAAUUUUCGGGAGUACGCAGAAGAUCACUCCCAGGGCGAGAAGAUUCAAAUAAUCUAAUGUUGCUGGAUGAACUCGAUCUAAUCAACAAACGACGGGACCAAGCCCUUAUACAAAUUCAAAACUAUCAACAGACAGCUGCAAAGUACUACAACACUAACGUACACAGCCACAAAUUCAAAGAAGGCGACUUAGUCUUACGAAAACUUUUCCAAAACACCGGCGAACGGAAUGCAGGAAAACUCAGAACUAACUGGGAAGGACCUUACAAAGUCAUAAAAGUAGUCCGACCAGGCGCGUACGAAAUUGCAAAUAUGCAGGUCGCCAAAAUUCCGAGAACUUGGAAUGCGAUGCACCUCAAGAAAUACUACACUAAGCAACAUUUCGCACAGAACUACAAGACGGCUUGA